AAUAUCGCUAAAGCCAACAUGGGAAAACUACCAACUUGGUCAACUGUUUUGAAGAUCUCUGGUUACUUGAUUGUGAUAGCGUUUUCGUGAUGGAGUUAAAAGUCCGUGUAGAUGGAAUACUAAGGGUUGUGUGUGGGGUAACAGAAAACUCUACCUGCCAGGAUGUUGUCAUUGCACUUGCCCAUGCUAUGGGCAAAACAGGGCGUUUCACACUCAUAGAAAAAUGGAGGGAAAAUGAACGCCCCCUUUUACCAGAUGAAUGUCCUAUAAAGAUUCUACAGAAAUGGGGAGAAUAUGCAACAGAGGUGCACUUAUUGUUGAAGCACUCAGGGAAACAAAAAACAGACAUUCCAAUUGCAGAUACACAGAAAGAAAAUGAAAAACCAAAAAUAAAUUUUACCUCUGCUCCACGCGACACAGGGAUUCGUAGGUCUUUAACAUUUAGUGGUGCUCAUAACACGGGGCCUGAGGGAGCACGGCCUCGACAGAGAUAUUUACAGGCAGGAAAAAACUUAGACAAACAUGACACUAGUUCUGUUAGUUCUCAACCAAUCUUGCCUCGGCACCGGGAGGUUCAACAGAAUCCGAUUUAUGGAGUUGGUGUUCGCUUGAAAGCCACACAUGGAGGAGAACCCCAACCUAAUAUUCAACCCCUUAAUAGCCAUAAUAGUGUUAACUCUGACUUUGAACCCCAUGCAAACUCUGACCUGGACUCUCGUGUUCAGAUUCAUUCCCAAGUCAAAGGAAGAAAUGUGUAUCCAAGGGAGAGAACUCAUGUAAAUCCAGAUCCUCAUCCUUCUUUUCAACAGCAAACUGGGCCUCGUUCUCGGCAGGCUCAGCACAGAACUGAACAUCACAGAGUUGCUUCCCCUUACAAUAAUUCUCAGCAAAUUGGAGGAAGUCAUAACAACAAAACCAAUCAUCCAUUCCCUAAUCAACAAAUUUCUGGCAUCAAUGGAAAUGUUAAACCAAGUUUAGGUAGCCAUGUCAACAAUGGGACAAGUAUUUCUAUCUUGCCAUUGGUGCAGAACAAUGUUUCGCGCCCUUCAGCAUUUCAACCUGUUCCACAGAAACAGAGGAAUGACAGUCUAGAUCUGACUCAGCCAGCACAGGCAAUAGGUAGUCUUCCUGUGUACCAUGCACGUCCGGUCAACAGUGAUGUUGAGGAAUACGACUUAGACAGCAACUUUCCAGAUAUUCUUAAGACAUCACGUAAAGAGGUCUUGAUCGAAGAAUAUACCAUGCCUGAUGAACGCCAGAGUGGGGAUGGGUUCAUAGGUGUGAAAGAGAUUAUUGAACCAGACCCUCAGGUGGUGAAGAUGCAGAGACUGUUGUCACAGCAACAGGAGCGCAUACGGAUGCAGGAGUCACAGUUACAAAUGAUAGACACAGAAUUGGUGACUCUAGAGGAUGAGGAUCGACAAGCGCUAGACCAAAAGCACAGUAUUGGAGAGGAGAUCACACGCUUACAACAGACAUACAAUCAGAAUGAGGCUGAAGUCGUGCAACUCACGGCUGUUAGCUGGGUUGACAUAAUCAAUGCUGAGAAAACACGUGAGAAAUCCUACAGAUCUGAUAUGCUUCUUAUUAAGGGUAAAACUGACACUUGUAUCAAAGACCUGGCAAUGAACAAGGAGAGGAUUACAGAACUUGAUAAACAGGUUUCUUCAGAAAGACAGGAACUAGAGGACUUCAGACAAGAGCAGGAAAGGGAGAUUACUCAGCUAAACAAAGAUGCUCAGGAUGUGAAAGAAGAAUUGGAAAAGGGUGUAGAAAUAUUUGACACAAACUCAAAAUCCCUCCAGGAAAUGGAAGAAGAAUUGAAGUCAUUAGACGUAAAAAAAGAAAGCCAGAGUAAAGAAGUAGAUGUGUUAGAGAAACAGAUAAAGGAAGUCAACAUUCAGGAACUUAAUAUGGUCAGUAAUGGAGAGAAGACUGGCAAAAAUGGCAAGGCUGUACUACAAGCCUUGGAGGGCCGUCUCUCACCACACCCUGGUCUAGGAGGAAGGAAGACUAUUACCAGUCCUCUCAGUAAAAUACUAUCUAUCAGCAAGAAUCCUAAUGGGGUGUGGGUGUGAGUUCACACUUCAGUGGGACAGGUUGGAAUAAAAAAAAAUCUUCACCACUGGACAAACUCUCUGACCACAUCUGUCAGUAGAAACCCUUCUGGGAUGUGGGUGUUAGGUCAUACUUCCCUGGGACAAGUCAGAAAACA